UUUUCAGGCAAGCCGCACCGCAACAACUUUCUCUCAGUGUCUGGAUCUUAGUGAUCACCGGCAGUUUUUCCUCGGCACGAGCACAAACGCCAGAUGGUCGACGCUGAAUCCUGAAACCUGAAAUGUGGACGGGACUCACCUGAGACCUGGACUUCCAUAGGUUUAGAAGAAACCUUUAACUUUCAAACAGCCUCCUUAUUUGGGAGUAUUACCCGGGCGUUUUAUCAAAAUGGGUGCACUGUGGACGAACUACUUUUUCCUCCUGGCAUGUUGCUGUGGAUUAGGGGUUGGAAGCCCAAACACAUGCGACGAAGUGCGCAAAGUUUUCCAACUCAGGCAAAUUGGACCGAAUCAAUUAUUGAUUUCAAAUCCCACACAAGGUUCAGACCUCCAGGUGUGCAUAUCCAAGAACCUGACCUGCUGCACCAAAAAGAUGGAGGAGAAGUACCAGGUAGCGGCCCGGAGAGACAUCCAGAACCUUCUCCAGAUGUCCAGUACCAGCCUUAAGUUUCUCAUCUCACGCAAUGUGGCUGCUUUUCAAGAGACCUUUGAGAGUCUGAUGAGGCAGGCGGAGAAUCACACUAAUGCCAUCCUUCAGGAGUCAUACCGCAGCAUGGCUGAUCAGGCUGUGGGCCCUAUGCGGGAACUCUUCACUGACAUCGGUCUCUUCCUGCUGGGGUCUGAGCUCAACGUUGAUGAGUUAGUGCAGCGAUUCUUCGACGCUCUCUUCCCACUGGUCUACAGUCACCUCAUCAACCCAGGUCUUAGCGACAUAUCACCAGGCUACGCUGAAUGUGUCAGAUCGUCAAGACGUGAUGUGAGACCUUUUGGUGGGGCGCCCAGCCUCUUGGCUGAUCAGAUUGCUCGCUCUGGGGUCUCUGGGAAGCUUCUUCUACAGGCACUGCACCUCGGCAUUGAGGUCAUCAAUACUACAGACCACUUACAGCUGAGCCGCGAGUGCAGGCGGGCCCUGCUCAAAAUGAACUACUGUCCUCACUGCCAGGGUUUAACCCAGUCCAAGCCCUGCAUGGGUUACUGCCUCAAUGUCAUGCGGGGCUGUUUGGCAAGCAUGGCUGAGAUUGACAUCCACUGGAGGGAGUUUGUUCGCUCGCUAGAGGGCCUGUCAGCACGGAUGCAAGGAACUCAGGAUUUAGAGCAAGUGCUUCUCGGAAUUCACAUGCUGCUUCAUGAUUCUGUCGGGCACGCUCAGAAAAAUGGACCCCGCCUUUCAGCACAGGUGCACAAGCUGUGUGGCCCACCAAACAGGAAACCUGCACAGUCAGUCAGCAUUCAGCACAGCAGCAGCAGAGAAUCCAUCCCUCUUAAAGCUCCCGUCAGAGCGUCUGGAGACUCACUCGCUGUCAGGAGGAGGGACUUCCUGAGCAGUCUACGUCACUAUCGUACCUACUACGGCGGCCUGGCCGAUCAGCUGUGUGUGACUGAACCGGACUAUGGUGAUGGGCUGUCCUGCUGGAAUGGAACCGACAUUGUAAAAAGCUACACUCUCCGUGUGGUCGGCAAUGGGAUCAAAGCUCAGAGUGCCAACCCUGAAGUCAAAGUAAAGGAAGCAGACCCUGUGAUAAAUCAAAUCAUUGACAAACUGAAACACAUCAAUCAGACAUAAGGUAAGUGUCUCCUUAGGCAAUCUGCUAAUUCUCUGUACUUCUUUGUUAGUUUAUGGGACAUAAAGUAUCUCCUGUUAACUUUUGGCUCAUUGCUUAAGGUACACAGAAACUGCUUCCUUGUAAGAAAAUGACUGCUCACAAAGCCAAAGCCCUUUACACUUCACCUUUGAAUAAUCCCUGACAAAAUAAUUCAUUUGUAUCAUGUUUCAUAUUACCGGUAAGUACCGGCUAAUAGAAAACUAGUCUCAAAUGCAAAAUCAUCUCCAGGCAAUGAAAAAGAAAAUCAAUCAUUACACAUUUAGAAACCCAUUUGAUCUGGUUUGUGUGUCUUCAUAUUUACAAAAUUAUUUUUCUGCUCUUUGUCAAAAUCAAUGUAGCUUUUCUAUCACCCAGUCUGCUUUGAUGCACAUUUGUGCUGCUGUGGCUCCUUUCAGUGCUGUUUAUCUCUCAGGAUGAUGAGAUUAGAGCAGUUUACGGGAGCACUUUCUCUUCUGUAGCUUCAAUAUCAGCUGCUGUAGCCACCUCUGGGUUGUUUUACCGCAGCAGCACAAGCUUCAUGUAUCUGUUGCUUUGGCUUCCGUUGCUUGCAUGACUUUUCAUUGUCUUAAACUUGUGUAAUUUCUGUUUACUCGGCACAACGACUGAAUAACACUGAUUGACUUAACAAUGGCAGUGGAUCAACAAAAUCAGAUCUCCCUACAAACUUUUUGGGAUGGCAUACAGCUCAUCAAGACAGAUAUGCUCAUUAUUCAUUCUGUAGUAUUCACAUGUCCUUGGAUUCUCUUGGAGAAUACGUCUCUUCACUAGAGCAGCAGAUCAGGGCAAAUGAGGACCCAUAACUCUACGUGAUCUCCUGACAUGAACCAAAGAACUAACUGAAGAUAAUGCUUACCUGAUGGAGAAGCAGAUCUUCAAAUCUUUGCUUUGUUAAGAUUCCUGACUGCUCUGAGGGCUGUGAUGAUCUUGGCUUCAUAUCCCAACUAAUCCCAUCGUUCCUUGGGCAAGAAAACUUCCCCACACUGCACUCCCAUGUUCCUACACAGCAAUAGAGCUGGUCCUAGGCCUGUCACAAAGCUGCUGAAACUCUCCAUCAACAGUUAAUGUGGUUAGUUGAAGCAUGUAACUCAGGACAACUCUGGCCUUAACCUAACUCAUGGUGUUGGUAUCCCACUUUCAAAAUGGAUGAUAUUAAAGGUUUAAAAAUAAGUCAUUUGAAUAUUAGAUGUCUUGCCAAAAACUGAUUUACUCAGUAGAUGGAAAGUCCAUCAUAUUACUAAUAUUAUUACACAGUCUGAAACAUGGCUUAGUUGCAAAAUCUCUGAGAAUGAAAUCAAACUUGUGAACUAUUGUCUAGAUAGAGCUGAGAGAAGCUCCAGGGGAGGUGGUGUGGCAACAGACGUGUCCUCUAAUUUGAUAUCUGAGCUAAUUACAUCUACUGAUACAUUUUGAAUGUCCUUUUGUUAAAACAGUUUCUCAUCACUAUAAAUAUGUAACUACUGGAAAUAUAUUUAGACCCCCUCUGUCCCUGUUUAGGUCUCUAAAUGUUUGAUUUUUCCACCAUUGAUUCCAUGUCAAAAAUGCUGAUUGGGAAACAUAGAGGCCACUAAGAAACAUCUCCAAAACACUCUAUUUCAGUUUUUCUUUUUCACUUUUGUUUGUAUUAUGUGUUAGGACCCCUGUGAGAUGGUUUACAUCGAGGGUCUACCCGACUGAUUAAACUUGUUUCAUUAUCUUUCUUGACCUUGUGCGGGCACUCCCUCCCUGACUAUUUCACAUCAUCUGUAGGAUGUCAGAACACAUAAAUCUAUAUCAUAACCAUCUGUGAACUCCUGACAUUGUUGACAUUCACUGUGUAUAUCUCUUUCACUCUGUGCUCUUACCAUGUACAUCUUAAAUGUUCUUUGAAUAUCCUUGUGGUUCCGUAAAUUUUUACCUACAGGACCGAGACUGUUUUAUGAGCUUAAAUACUCAGAAAUUCUUUAUCAUUUGCUCAUGAUUUACUGUAACUACCGUGAAGCAGAUCGUGAUCAGCUCAGCAUAGAUUAUGUAAUUAUGUAUAAUCUGCUGAGAGCAAAUAUUUAACUGAGUGUUACUUUAAACCCCUCUGUGUUUUAUUCAGCCAACAUCUUUUGCACAUACUCUGCUGUCAUUAGCCCACAACCUGUUCCUCUUGUCCCUACAUACUGUCUUUGCUUACCCCAAUUUAAUAACCAAUCAAUUGUUAGUGAUUCACUCUUUAAUCCCUAGAAGUGACAGUAAGAAACAAGCAACACAUAUCAUCAUUGUUUAAGUUGAUAUGCUAGCAAACAGCCUGAUGAAUAGAAAUCCAAUAUUCACUCACCU